GAUGAUUUUUCGCCCGGGCGGAAAAAUAAAUGCCGAUGAAUAUCUACGCAGAAAUCAAAAUCGAGGGGAGCGGCAACAGGAGACUUUUUCAGAGAAGUAGAGACUGCUUGUUUCCUCGCAGAAACGGCGACGGUUUCUGUCGCGAGCACGCUAUUCACAUCGAGACUCUCCCUACGAAUGCCUCUAGUCCAAAGUGCGCACGGCGAACUUGCCAUAGCAAAAACAUGGCAAUGCGGCAGAAGUGAAGGAGCUGGUUGUCCGUAGACGCAGUUAGCGGGCCCUUCGCCUGCUGCGGAACCAAAUGCGGGCUCCUUUCUCUGCGACACUGCUACUGGCCCUCGCAGCGAGCGGAAUAACGUCGGCGACGCGCUGCCCGGUGAGCUCAAGCAUUUGCACCAGCGACACAUCAGCUGCACAGCAAGAGGGUGACACAAACAACUCCGACGGUGACCACAAUUCCGGGUCACCAGCAUCCUCCUCUCUCCAGCUUCCUGCCUCCCAACUUCCCUACCCGGACCCGAAAGAGGGUCGCGUGCUCUCCUUCAUCCCGAAAACCAGCGACGACGGGUUCUCGAUCUACAAUGUGGACUUCAAGCCAGGAAAAUUCACGUGCAGUUCCUGCGACACGACCACUUGUCCGACCUGCAACGUGGUUUGCGACGUGGCCAGUUGCAGCCUGAUCAAGUUUUACCAGACCGAGUGCUGGUGCCGGCGGAAAUCCGACGUGAGUCUGAAAACCCCGCUGUGGCGUUUACGGAAGAGCAACGAUGGGCAAUUCGUCCCGGACUCCUCCGUCCACCGGGUGUUUUGCAACGAACAGUGUGGCGGUGGGGUGUGCGACCUCGACGGGCUAGACUGCCAACCCUACAAGACCGCCUGUCGGCCCUGGUGGUUUUGCAAUCUGGAGCCGCCGGGGAAAGAAUUGAAGAAAGAUUCGUGGGCCGGCAUGACGGGAGAGGAGUUUACCACGUCGUUUUUGCAGGAGAAGGGAGAACAAGAAGAAAAACUCCCCCCGGUACUCUCUUCUCCGAAGAUGUUGAAAACUACUGUGGUCAAGAACAAAAAGCCGAGCCGAAAUCCGCUUUCCUUCCUGCAACGCCAGAAGUUCGAAGCGAACGAUAAGGGGAAGUUCGUUUUCGAAAACGGCGGCUGGACCUGCAACGACGCGGCGUACCCGCCGCAGAUCAAAAAUCCGACCACUUAUCUGUACGAAAACCGGGGCUACGUGAUUUUUCCGAAGCAGAGCUGCACCGGGGCGGCGUACAAUGCGAAGUGCUACUGCUGGGACGAAGCCGCGCGGGCGAGCGGUGGGGAUCCGAUGACCUCGGAAACGAUGUGCGAUUCGGGGUGUGGGUUGGGCGACUGCGCGCUGAAGUCAAAGUGUAGCAGCUCGCCCCCACCCCCGUACGAAGCGCCGCCGGCGAUUAUCCCGGAUCCCAACGCGGCGGAAGCGGCGCACGCGAGCGAGGUGCGGACCACGCAGGUGCACACCGAGCAGCACGGGAACUCGUGAGGCGUUUUUCGACGAUUGUUGCACUCGAUCUGAACACUCGAGCAUAAGUUUCUGCUUUGUCUACUUUUCUUUUCCUGUUUCAACAAAUGAAUCGAGAACUACUUUGUACUCCCUUUUAUAUUCGCGAGCUGCGUCUGUCUC